CUCCUUUCCUUUCUCUCUCAAGCUAUCCAUGUUGUGAAGGGAAAAAGGAGCCCUAUAUUUGGCAACAUAAAUUUUUUAAAAUAAUUGGUUCAAGUUAGCAUAUCAUCCAACCCCUUUUUGCCUUUCACUGCUCUUCCUCUCUCACUCUCAUUAUCCAUUCUCUUGUGUGCCCAAAUCCACCAUUUCAUAUUCUUUAAGUGGCUAUCAGGGAACGAGUGGUCAGUGAAGGGAGAUGAAGUAAGCAUCCUUCUGCUGCUGCAACUGUGUGCAAGUACUCUCUUUCAAUGAGUAUUUAUUGAUUUCUUUACUUUUCUAUUUCUGUGCUUCUAGUUGCUUCAUUGAAAUCUUUGUUGGGUAACCUGAAUGAAUGUUAGGUUCUACUAGUUUCCAUGGAACACUUGUUACUAGAUAGCUAGGUAGUCAAGUAUUUAAUUAUGCAUAUUCACACUUCUGAUGUAGUUUUCUUCAUUGUACGGACAUAAACCUGUCCAAUGUAUGUCUCAUAAGUGCUUGUCUCUCACUGUCUAGUUUUUCAAAUUUUAAGUUUUCAUAAUUUCCUCUUCCACUUUAAUCAUUUAUCACAUUCUAUUCUUGUUGAACUGGAGUCUAGCUGUGAUCCAUAUUACUCAUAUUUUUUUCUUGAUUUAGUUUAGUUCCCCUUAUUUAUAGCCUUUUGUCUCAAUUUUUAUGAAACUGGUCAUUUUGUUGCUAACUGCUUAAUUCUUCUGUUGGCUUUCAUACAAUUGUGAAUCAUAUGGUAUAAACCAAACAAAGAGUGACAUUGAGGAAGCAGAGCUGAGAACUGAAAAGUGAAAGUUUAUUCCAUUUUUACUUUUUUUUGUCAUGGACUGGAAUUUGAAGCCACAUUCAUGGGAUUUUUCUGAUGUGGAUGAGGCAGCAACCUUGCCCAACGUAGAAACAAUGGAAGAUUCAAGCAGAAUUGGAGUUCAUAGGAUGAAAGGGGUGUUUUCUGUUGACUUGAAGCUUGGUCAGGUGGGGAAUUCUAGCACAGAACCAGCACUUCCCAAAUCCAAAGAUGCUGCUGCUGCUGAAGUCUCCAAAAUGGGAUCAUCUUUUCCUUCAGGGUCUUCUAAGAGAGCUCGAGCCGUGAACAACGCGACCCUUACAGCGUUUUGCCUUGUGGAUGGGUGCAGUUCUGAUCUUAGUAAUUGUAGAGAUUAUCAUAGGCGCCAUAAGGUCUGCGAACUUCAUUCCAAGACCCCAGAGGUCACAAUUGGUGGCAUGAAGCAAAGGUUCUGCCAACAAUGUAGCAGGUUCCACUCGCUGGACCAAUUUGAUGAAAGAAAAAGAAGCUGCAGGAAACGUUUAGAUGGACACAACCGACGUAGAAGAAAGCCUCAGCCAGAACCUCUCAAAGGACCGGGUAGUUUUUUGUCCAGUUACCAAGGAAGUCAGUUGCUACCCUUCUCAAGUUCCACUGCUAUGGUGAAUCCAGGUUGGAGUGGUGGACUUGUUACUUCCAAUGCAGGUGGUAGGCUUCACAACCACAACCAGCACCAACAAGUGCAGCAUUUGGUUGAUGAACGAGAUUUUUUUCUUGGAUCUUCUCCAACAAGCUACAAAGAAGAGAAGCAACUCUCAUUCUUACACAAUGACAAUCCCUCCUCUACCACAAUUGAUAACCAACUUUCAGCUGCUUCUGUGAGCCACUUGCUUCUCAGGACAAGUUCAGUUCAGGACUCCCCUUGUGCUCUCUCUCUUCUGUCAUCAUCAUAUUCAUCACAGACUCACGCACCUGGAAAUGGUUUGGAUCAAAUGGUGCAGCCUCACGCAAUGUCAAUGUCCCUUAUGGAGCCAUUAGGCCUGAGCCUGCAUGAUAAUAACAGCAGCUUAGAGUCCAUGGACCCAGUCUUGGUUCAUAGUGGGAGUGACCAUUGUUCCUCAAUGUAUAACAUGGGUUCUGAUGGAUCCCAGAGCAAUGAAGCCCCUCAACUAUUUCCUUUUCAAUGGGAAUAAUUUUUUGGGAAUUGGAUGGAAUGGGGUAGAAUGAAUAAAAAUACACUUCCAUUAUUUGGAUAUUUUGCAAUUAAAUUGAAUAAAGCUUUCACUCCAUUAUUUGGCUUGGCUAAUUAAUGGAAUGAUUAUUUUUUAUUA